AUGGUGGGUGAAGGCGCCUACUUUAUCUCAGAUCUGGACCGGCGAGGCCAGCAGAGAACCUUUGUGGAGAGAUAUGACCCCAGCCUGAGGACCAUGAUCCCAGUGCGACCCUAUGCAGGGUUGGCGCCCAGCGCGGUAGACAGCGCGGGGCUGCUCUCCUUCGCCACGUUUUCCUGGCUCACGCCGGUGAUGGUCAAAAGCUACAAGCACACACUGAUGGUGGACACCCUGCCCCCGCUGUCACCGUAUGACUCAUCUGACACCAACGCCAAAAGAUUCCGAGUCCUUUGGGAUGAAGAGGUAGGAAGGGUGGGUCCUGACAAGGCCUCUCUGGUCCGAGUGGUCUGGAAAUUCCAGAGGACACGUGUUUUGGUGGAUUUUGUGGCCAACAUCCUGUGCAUUGUCAUGGCAGCCAUAGGGCCGACGGUUCUCAUUCACCAAAUCCCGCAGCAGACAGAGAGCACCGCCAGGAGCGCCUGGGUCGGCAUCGGCCUGUGCGCAGCCCUGUUUGCCACCGAGUUUGCCACAGUCUUCUUUUGGGCCCUUGCCUGGGCCAUAAAUUACCGCACAGCCAUCGGGUUGGAGGUGGCCCUCUCCAGCCUGGUGUUUGAAGACCUGUUGUCCUUCAAGGCCUUGACACACGUCUCUGUUGGCGAGGUGCUCAAUAUACUCUCGAGUGAUAGCCAUUCCUUGUUUGAAGCUGCCCUGUUUUGUCCCUUGCCAGCCACCAUCCCUAUCCUAAUGGUCGUUUGUGCAGUAUGCGCCUUUUUCAUUCUGGGGCCCACAGCUCUCAUGGGGAUAUCCGGGUAUGUCGUCUUCAUCCCCAUCCAGAUGUUUAUGGCUAAGCUCAGUUCAGCUUUCCGAAGAUCAGCAAUUUCAGUGACAGACAAGCGAAUUCAGACAAUGAAUGAGCUUCUGACCUGCAUCAAGCUGAUUAAAAUGUACGCCUGGGAGAAAUCUUUCACCAACACCAUUCAAGAUAUAAGAAGAAGGGAAAGAAAAUUGCUGGAAAAAGCCAGAUUUGUGCGAAGUGGAAACUCAGCCCUGGCCCCCACUGUGUCCACCAUAGACGUCGUGCUCACCUGCCACGUCCCCCUGAGACGCAGGCUCACCGCGCCUGUGGUGUUUAGUGUGAUUGCCAUGUUUAAUGUGAUAAAGUUCUCAAUUGCAAUCUUGCCUUUCUCGGUCAAGGCAGGGGCUGAAGCCAGUGUCUCUCCAAGGAGAAUGAAGAAAAUUCUUAUGGAUAAAAGCCCCCCAUCUUACAUCUCCCAACCAGAAGACCCAGAUACUGUCUUGCUUUUAGCAAAUGCCACCUUGACAUGGGAGCAAGAAGCCAGAAGGAAAAGUGACCUAAAGAAAGUGCAGAACCAGAAAAAACAUUUUUUCAAGAAACAGAGGCAGGAGGCAGACAGUGAUUGGAGUCCACCAGCCCAGGGAGUCGCUGGCCCAGAGGAGCAAAGUGGCAGCCCCAAUUCAGUCCUGCACAACAUAAGCUUUGUGGUUAGGAAGGGAAAGGUCUUGGGGAUAUGCGGGAAUGUGGGAAGUGGAAAGAGCUCCCUCAUUGCAGCUCUCCUGGGACAGAUGUGGCUGCAGAGAGGGACCGUGGCCAUCAGCGGAGCCCUGGCCUACGUCUCCCAGCAGGCGUGGCUCUUCCACGGGACUGUGAGAGAAAACAUAUUAUUUGGAGAACAGUAUGAUCACCAAAGGUAA